AUGUCAGCGCACGUUAUUUUGGCUGGAAAUUGUGGCGAAGAGAUCGCGGCUGGAAAUUUAAGUGGUUUAAGGUAUGCCACUCCAUGCACGGGUUUUAACCGUGAUAGCGCCGACCCAGAAAGUACCGAUCAGUUAGAUAAAUUUGCUUGCGAUAACGCGCACAAGGCUAGUGAUGACUUCCGAACCUCAGAAGGAGGUAUUGAGGCUAGGGUGAUAAUGUUCUACGAAAAUACGGACCGACAAAGGCUCGAGUUUGAUGCUGUAGGAAGGGAAGUCUCGAAUGUCACGAAAGUAGGCGCUAUAUAA